AUGUCGGAAUCUCAGGCAUCAACUUCAAGAAAACGGAAAUAUCAGCGUGAUCAGAACACGCAACCUAUUCCUGUUGAAAAUUCAGAAGAUGCUGUUCGAGACCUGAUCGAAGGGAAAAAAACCGACUCAGAUAGCCAGUUUGAUGACAGUGAGGCUGACCCAAACUAUAUAUUGGAAGAAGGCGAAGAGACGGAUUCGGAGCAGUCGGAGAUAGAAACUGAGAUCAUCUCUGACAUGAGCCUACUCAAUUUUUGUUACAAUUUUGCAAAGUAA